CAAUACUACAAUACUACAAUGGCGGUCGUGGCUGCAGCGACCAGGUGUCUCGGAGCAAUCCGCGCGGCGCAACCGUCGCUCAAUGCAUUCAUCAGCAUUGCAAGCGAUGACCAUGUGCUGGGACUGGCGCGGGCGUCGGACGAGCGCCACGCACGAGGAUUGCCGCUCAGCGAGAUUGACGGCGCUUUGAUUGCAGUCAAGGACAACCUGUGCACGACAACGAUGCCAACGACAUGUGCAUCCAAGAUGCUCGCUAACUUCACUUCGCCGUUCGAUGCCACUCCCGUGCAAAGGCUCCAGAAGGCUGGUGCCAUCGUGGUUGCAAAGACGAACAUGGACGAGUUUGGCAUGGGAUCGUUCAACCUCAACUCUGCCUAUGGGCCUGCUAUCAAUCCUCGGUUUCCCCUCGAUACGCCUGUUGUCACGGGCGGCUCGUCGGGAGGCAGUGCCGCUGCGAUCGCGGCGAAUCUUGGGCUGUUUGCCGCGUUGGGCUCUGAUACGGGUGGCUCGGUGCGUCUGCCCGCGGCGUUUUGUCAGGUGGUUGGCUUCAAGCCCAGCUACGGCCGGGUUUCGCGACACGGACUGGUCGCAUACGCCUCGUCACUUGAUACAGUCGGUGUGCUUGCUCCGACAGUCGCCAAUGCUCGCGCCAUCUAUGACGUCAUCGCGGGGCCAGAUGCUCAAGACUCCACCUGCCUGCCCGAAGCGCCGCCACAGGCAUCAUCCAUCGAUUUGAAACAGUUGCACGUUGGCAUCCCUGUUGACUAUCGGAUAGCGGAGCUUUCAGAAGAAGCGCUGGCGAGCUGGUCGUGGGCCAUCGAUCGACUGACUCAGCUGGGAGCCAAAGUAACGCCAGUUCGACUGCCGCAAACCCCGAAAGCGCUUGCAGCCUACUAUGUGCUUGCCUGUGCCGAGGUUUCAUCAAAUCUUGCUCGCUAUUCUGGAGUCGAGUAUGGACAUCGGGCUGAACACCAAGACCAAGCAACCUUCCAUCAAAUGAUUGCGAAAUCCCGAGCAGAAGGCUUUGGACCCGAAGUCCAGAGGCGAAUCGCCCUUGGCACCCACUGCCUCUCGCGAACAAUGUACGACAGUUACUAUUUGAAUGCACAGCGCAUCCGGGCGGCCAUCCGCGCCGAGUUCGCAUCAGUGUUUGAGACAGCGCAGGCCAACUCCGUGCACGUCCUCCUCUGUCCCACCGCACCGUUUGUGGCUCCACAACUCAAAGCUGCGCAGGCGUUGUCCCAAGUUGCGGCGUUUGCCAUGGACGUCUUUACUGUUCCUGCCAGUCUUGCCGGAUUGCCCGCCAUCAGUGUGCCUACUGACGCGUCUGGUCCGCUCGGAGUUCAACUCAUUGGGCCCUAUGGCCGCGAGGAUGUUGUGCUUUCCGUGGCGAGUGCGCUUUCAACGAACGUCAACUUGUAAUUUGUAACAAUCGAAGUGAUGCAUUCGGUGCGUUUCAAAAAGCUGCGCACGCACAAACAGGU